ACAAGAGCCUCAAACUUAAACAUCUUCCUCUCAAACAUAAUUGUAUAGGGAAGAUGGUUAAGGUUUAUUUCUUUGUUAUUUCUCUCUUAUUACUUGUUCUUGUAAAGCCAAAUGAGGCAUAUAGUGUGGUGGCUUUCGGGGCAAGGGGAGAUGGCCGGACCGACUCAACCCAAGCCUUCCAAAAGGCGUGGGCUUGGGCGUGUGGAUCGGUUAAGCGUGUUAUACUUGAUGUACCAUCAGGUAGAUUUGUGGUCCGACCUAUGUCCUUUAACGGACCGUGUAGAAAUCAUGUAACCUUAAGAAUGAGGGGUACAAUAAUUGGCCCAUCGGAUUACCGUGUGUUGGCACGUUCAAAUGUGUGGCUUAUGUUUUACAAUAUUUAUGGGCUAACUAUUAAUGGUGGUACCAUUGAUGCUGGAGGUCAUUCCUUUUGGUCAUGUAGGAAGCAUAAUGGAUAUUGUUACAAUGGAGCUCAGUCCAUAUCGUUUGUAUCAUGCGGUGGCAUAGUGGUACGUGGGCUAAAAUCAAUGAACAGCCAAAAGAGUCACAUGAGCAUCAAGAAUUGCAAUAAUAUGGCUCUAAGUUACUUGACACUAAGAGCUCCGGGCGGCAGCCCAAACACUGAUGGCAUGAACAUUCAAAACUCUAAUCGUAUUUCUGUUUACAACUCCGUAAUUAAAACAGGAGAUGAUUGUAUUGCCAUUGGACCUGGAACCAAAAACAUGGUUGUUAAUAAAAUUGCUUGCGGUCCUGGCCAUGGUAUAAGUAUUGGAAGCAUGGGCAACAGCUUACAUGAAGAUGGUGUACAAAACAUAGUUGUAUCGAACGUUGUAUUUUAUAGGACAACAUUUGGUGUUAGAAUCAAAUCAUGGGCAAGACCAAGCGACAGCUUUGUCCGUAAUGUCAUAUUUCGCAACAUCAUCAUGGAAAAUGUCUAUUAUCCCAUCCUCAUUGAUCAAAUAUACUGCCCUAAUAACCAAUGUCCUCGACAGAAUUCAGGAGUGAAGAUAAAUAAUGUGAGUUACAUAAACAUAAAGGGUACAUCGAGACGCAAAGAAGCAAUACAAUUUACUUGUAGUCCGAGUAAUCCAUGCAAAGGGAUCAAACUGCAAGAUAUCAGGUUAACCUUUGGGAGUAAACCAGCAAUUUCAACUUGCAGCUAUGCUCGCGGAUUUACUCAAGGAAAGGUCUCCCCUCGAAGUUGUUUUUAGACUUCGUUCCUUGGAAACAUUUCUUCCUUUGUCCGGGUGUAAUAUUACAUUCUCUCAUAUUUGUCCUCCACACGACCUCUGUACACAUGUUCAUAUGCCGAACACAAGUACAGGGGUCACCAAUCGAUACUUGAAGGCUUAUUAAGCAAUUAAGCCUUUCGUUUCAACUUGUAUACACUUCAAAGAAUGAUGGCUUACAACUAUAUAGCUCGUUUGUUGAUAUACUUUCAUGUAAACAAAAAACGAAAUAGCCUGACAUUGUGGUUUAUUAUAUCUUGAUGAUACUACGUGUAUCAUUAUCCAUGCUUUUAACCUUUGAUUUUGUUGUGUUGUAUUUGAAAAGUGUACUUACUUCAUUUGAAAGUCUUAAUAAAGUUUCCAUUGGAAAAAUGUUUAUGGAUUGACCAUGGGGAUUCAUAACCUUCAUACACAUUGUGAUAAAUUUUUAACUAGUCACUCUCACAUUAACAACUCAAUCCAUAAGGACUUUACACAUCUAUUACAAUCAGCUCGUCUUAUGCGCGGUUGGCCACUUGUAAAAUAAAUAAAGUACCCUCCUAAAACACUUAUCGACUGACCCUUGUAAUAUUGACCGAGUAAGUGAGUAACCCUUAUAACACUGACGAAGUAACUCUUGUAACACUGAUCGAGUAACCCCUAUAAUAUUAACAAAGUAAUCAUAAAAUGGUUGGCCACGCCGUAUGGCCAGCCACAUAUAAGAAUUUGUGCAUCUCUAUAUUAUA